UGUUAUAAUUCAGAGUCAAAUUAGUUUUAUAUAUUGUAGAUUAUUCCUUAUCACAUCAGCUGUCUUGUGUUCGUGUCGUGUGCCAAGUGCACGGUUCUAGUAGCUAUGACUAUAUACGGCACUAGUGCUUUAUCUAUCUAGUGUGCACUAACAUAACAGUGAACAGUAGUGCUAGGAGGCUUAUUGUUCUGAAUACAUGCACCACAGGUUUUGGGAUUCUUCUGAGUUCCAGAAAGCAAGUCAAAUUCAAGAUGAGAUAAGGAAAAUCAACUCAGGUCUAAAUGCAGCAAAAUCCAGAGUUGAGAGUCUUGUACUGCUGAAUGAUCUUCUCAGCCAGUGUAGCACAGAAACUCUGUCACAGUAUACCAUCACUUGGACACGCCUUCUCAUACAGAUUAUCAAGGGCUAUGCACCAGCAAGUAUUCACAGACUGGCGUGUUAUGUACUAGGAAGUCUUACAGAGAAGUCCUCCACUUGCCCUGAGUUGGCUCGACAGGUUGCCCUUGACUCCUUGCCCCAGCUCAUUCCUGCUCUGCUUGUUAUGAAGGAAGAGAGUUUAGAAGCAGCCUUGUACUGUAUUGGGAAGUGUAUGCAGUUCUAUUCAGGACCUUGUGGCACUUUUAAGGGUAAAAUUGAAAACUGGGUUAUAGAUCAAUUAACUAAAGAGAACCCCAGAGUUGUGGAGGCUGCUGUUUCUGUCUUCCCCUGGCUGUCUCAGUGUGGAGGGGGAGGAAACCAGGGAAUAAAACACGCAGAAUCAUGGAGCAGUAACUGUCACAAGCUGCUGGGCUCUCUUCAUGAUACUCUUGAUCAGCUUUAUGAAGGGGUGGAGUCAGGAGUGGAAGAGAACAAGAAGAAGUCUGAAAAGCUUUCUUUGAGUCCAGUACAAGGCACAGGCAUGGAGAGAAUUGUGGGUUUACGUAACAGGCUGGACAUGUUAUGUGGUUGUCUAGGGGGAAUGCUGAGCACCACCUUCCCAGCUGUAGUGAGGAUUCCUGUACCAGAAGUGAUCGGGUUCAUACAGAGGGCGCUGGCAGUUACUGGUAGAGCUUUGCUACUCCGUCCAUCCACAGAUAAUCUACAGUUGCUCUCAGUGUUACCAUUCCUGCACACCUCUGUCCUCAGGGUGCUGUCCUGUCUCAUCUCAAGGUAUGUGUUACCAUUCCUGCACACCUCUGUCCUCAGGGUGCUGUCCUGUCUCAUCUCAAGGUAUGUGUUACCAUUCCUGCACACCUCUGUCCUCAGGGUGCUGUCCUGUCUCAUCUUAAGUUGCCAAAAGAACCUAAUCUCCUAUACCAGCACAGUAAAUCAACUUCUCAUCCAAACUCUGUCCUGGACUAUAACUGAAGACACAGCAGAUGGUAGGAAAAGACCUUAUGGUAAUUUACGAAAAGAAGUAUAUUCCACACUCGUCGUCUGGGUCCAAACACUUGGUGCAUCCUCUAAUGUUCAUAAUAUUAUAGACCAGUUGUUGACUCAGCUGAAAAGAGAUAUCACUCCAGAUGUUGACGUUAUAAAGCUGGAGACUAUUAAUAAGAAGCCAGAUCAGUACACAGAGCCUCCUAAUAAAAGGAAGAAGGGUAAUAAAGCUGGAUUAGAAGGUGUGUCCACUCGUAAAGUUCUUGACCACUCGGCUAAUGCUGAUGUCUGUCUCUCUGCUCUGGCUGCUUUGAGACACCUUCUGGUGGCUGUUGGAAGUUUGUUAAAAGUUCAGAGGAUUAGGGAUAUCCAAGAAAUCGCCUUACCCCUGGCACUGCGUGUCCAGGCCUUCACUGACCAGGGGUCACCUGGGCCAUACUCAGACCCAGAGUGCAGGAGAGAGCUGUACCAUGUGAUCCAGUGUCUGUUUCUGAUCCCGGCAUCCAAGUGUCCGCCCCCCACCCACUGUGUGAUAAGGCUGUUUACUGGUGGACAGAAUGACCCAGACAGAAAGGUAUCUUCAUUCUGUCAAGAGGCACUCACAAUUUGCGAAGCAGUCAUUCAUCCCAGAGUCCCAUCACUCCAACAAACUAUUCUCUGGACUGUAGAUGGCAGCAAAAUCCAAGAUGUUAACAAGACAAGCCAGGUUUCAAAAUCAACUGUUGACAAUUCUUUAUUUAUAAGUGGGAAAAAUAGGCAAUGUGGGGAAUCUAUUUUCACAACGAGUUUCCAAGAUUCACAGUCAGUUGUAAAACAAACAAAUUCCCUAAUAAAAGAUGACACGAUAGGUAAAUCUGGUGCACCAAGUGACUUGCCUGCUGCCAUGGACAAGCCUACUGCUGAGGAGAACUCUUCAGAAAGUGAGGAAGAAUGUUCUGAUGUUGCUAUGGAAACUGAAGAGAAGGAGGUUAAAAAGAGCAAAAGAGUUUCCACAACUGAAAGCUUGACCACCAAACCAGACGAUAUUUUCACUGAAGCAUCAACAAGUAAAGAUGACACACUCUCAGGUAAUGGGAAUGAAUUUUUUUCUGUAAUGUCUACACAGCCAACUGGGACUAAAGCAGCUACUGUGGCACCACCUGUAGGGGGUAAUAGAAAUGAAAGGACGGCUACAGCAGUGACACCUGCAGGAGAAUUCCUCAGUGAAGAUGAAGAGACAAAAACCCACAAGCGAAAAUUGUCAGAAAUGGAGGAGAGCAGUGAUCAGGUGGAGAGCAUGUUGGCUAGUUUUGUAGAUGCCCAACCAGACUCAGACUGAUAGCGACAAUAAUUUGUGGUUUAAAAAAACAUCAGGUGAAGAUAAAUUUUGGACAGCGUCUUUGAUUUUGAAGGAUCACAGAUUGGACUCGGUGUGAAUUAUGAAGGGUCGAUGAUAAGUGUUUGCUACAUAAUUGAGAAGAAGUUGAGAAAUGGGGCACUAUUUGGACAAGAAAAAACUGGAGACAUGACCACUGAUUAUCAAAAUAUUUCAUGCUAGUCAUGGCAUCUGUUAUUGCUACACUGGAAUUAGGGAUGGGGAGGAAGUUCUUGCCUGACAUUGUAG